GGUGGGCUGCGGCGCGGGGGAAGGAGACGCUGCCCUUCCGCGGCCAUGGCGCGCGGCGCGGGGAGAGGGCGCCGAGCGGGGCCGCGCGCCCCCCCCGCCGCGGAGCAGGAUUGUUGGAUGAAGGCCAACUCCAGGACUCUGAGCCAGAUGUCAGAGAAAAGUUGGAUUCUUUUGUGAGCAGCUCACACAGCAUCCACAAGUGCCCUUCCCCGUCGUGGCUCCCGAAGGUGCCGAGAUCCUGGUGCAGACAUGGCAUUCAGAAGGACAGAGGGAAUGUCCAUCAUGCAGGCCUUGGCAAUGACCGUGGCAGAGAUCCCCGUGUUCGUUUACACGACCUUUGGGCAGUCGGUGUUCUCCCAGCUGCGGCUGUCCCCAGGCCUGCGCAAGGUGCUCUUUGCCACGGCCCUGGGCACGGUGGCCUUGGCUCUCGCGGCUCAUCAGCUCAAGCGCCGCCGCCGCCGAAAGAAGCAAAUUGCUCCAGACAAGUGUGGCUUUAAACCUGGAGGGAUCACAGUGCCCAUCCUGCCGACCAGGAGGGUCUCCUCUGUGAAGAAAGGAUACUCCAGCAGGAGAGUCCAGAGCCCUGGCAGCAAGAGCAAUGACACGCUCAGCGGGAUUUCCUCCAUUGAGCCCAGCAAACAUUCCAGUUCCUCCCACAGCCUCGCCUCGAUGGUAGCAGUCAACUCCUCAAGUCCAGUACCCCCAGGGAUGUGGGAGGCCCAGGCAAUGGGAGAUGCUGGAGCCAUUGGUGAUUCCAGUGCAGAAAGCCUCUAUGUUCAAGGCAUGGAGCUGUUUGAAGAGGCCCUACAGAAAUGGGAACAGGCCCUGAGCAUCAGGCAGAGGGACAGUGCUUGUACCAGCACCCCUGUGCCCUGGGACAGCAGCAAACAGCAAGACAGCAUGUCUGAGAACAUUUCAGAGGAGGAGUCCCAGAAAAGGGAGUUUGCUGAGAAGCUGGAGUCCCUCUUGCACCGAGCCUACCACCUCCAGGAAGAGUUUGGCUCCUCUCUCCCGUCGGACAGCGUGCUGCUGGAUCUAGAGAAGACCUUGAUGCUUCCACUGGCGGACGGAUCGUUGCGGCUGCGGACGGAUGAUGAGGACAGCUCCACUUCAGAGGAUUCCUUCUUCUCUGCAGCAGAGCUCUUUGACUCUCUCCCCUUUGAGCAAAUACCAUUCCACCUCUCCAAGCCAGUGGCAGCAUAUGAAGAAGCCCUGCAGCUGGUGAAAGAAGGGAAGGUCGCGUGCCGGACGCUGAGGACAGAGCUCCUUGGCUGCUACAGUGACCAGGAUUUCCUGGCAAAGCUGCAUUGUGUCAGGCAGGCAUUCCAGGAGCUGCUGGAAGAUGAAAGCAAUCAGCUGUUUUUUGGGGAGGUUGGGAAGCAGAUGAUGAUAGGACUGAUGACAAAAGCUGAAAAGAAUCCCAAAGCUUUCCUGGAAAGCUAUGAGGAGAUGCUGCGUUAUGCCUUGAAGCAGGAGACCUGGCCAACCACACAGCAGGAGCUUGAGGGAAGAGGGGUGGUGUGCAUGAGCUUCUUUGAUAUUGUGCUGGACUUCAUCCUCAUGGAUGCUUUUGAGGAUCUGGAGAACCCUCCCUCCUCCGUGCUGGCUGUGCUGCGCAACCGCUGGCUGUCCGACAGCUUCAAGGAGACGGCUCUAGCAACUGCUUGCUGGUCAGUUUUGAAAGCAAAAAGAAGGCUUCUGAUGGUACCAGAUGGCUUUAUCUCUCAUUUCUACUCCGUAUCGGAGCAUGUCAGUCCUGUUCUAGCCUUUGGUUUUCUGGGGCCCAAGCAGCAGCUAUCUGAAGUCUGCAGUUUCUUCAAGCACCAGAUCGUGCAGUAUCUGAAGGACAUGUUUGACUUCGACAACGUGAGGUACACGACCGUGCAGCUGCUGGCAGAGGACAUUCUGCAGCUGUCGCGGCGGCGCAGCGAGAUCCUCUUGGGGUAUCUGGGCACCGAGAGUUCCCCGGAGAUGAACGGCGUGCUUCCCGGGGAAACCGAGCCGCUGAAGGAGGAGCUCAUCUGAUGUCAGUGCAGGAAAAACACUUUUGUACAAGGACCUUUUCCUCCCAGAGAUGGAUAAAACUACCUGAAAAGUGCAGCGGUGGCAGCAAGACUUUGUGAACACACAGGAAUCUGGUGGGACCUUCUGCUUUUUGUAGCCAGUAGUGUUUGCUGGGAUGGAUCCAGGACCACUUGCCAACUUAUGGUUUGAAUUUCUUCUUUGUUCCACCUUCCUGUCAUUUUAUUACUUUUAAUGUUUCAUAUAUACAUCGUGUGCUGAACUGCCUGGGCCCAGAUUUUUGCCCAGUUCUCUUGAGUAGGGCAAUGUAUGUACCUGUUUUGCCUUUGUGUUUUCUGGGAGGUGAAUCCCUGAUGUUUACGACUGUGUGUGGGAACAGGAAUAUCGCUGGUACAUUCUCCAUUUGACCAUUAGCUUCUCAAGGAGGCUUUGCUUGCUUUGGGAUUUUUAUUACUGUUCUUCUCUGCUGUGUUCCUACAGACACUAAUUACUGCUGAUUUGUACCUUAAGUGUGAUACCAUAUGCAAUGUGACUAGCAAAGAUUUCUUUCCUGGGGAGGAAGAAAUAGUUCUGUAAAGCACUGAAGUAAAAUGCAGACUUUGUAAGCAGUCUGAAGCUCUGGGGAAAUGGGUCUGUUCCCUUGGUAUUGCUGCUCUUUGGAGACCAGAUGACAAGCUCUGUGUCCUGGUCAUCCUUGCUUAGGAGGUUGCUGAGGUCUGUGUUUGCCCCUAAGGCAGGUUAGUGUGAGGAGGGAGGGGAUUUGCAUCUUGCCUGUGCUUGCACAAAGUCUUUGACACCCAUCAAAGUGCCUUGCUGGAUUUCAGAAUGAGCCAGCAGCAGUUUUUGCUGGGUAGGAGGUGUGGGGUGUGUACAAGCAGGGGGAAGGGGUAAUAAUGUGGUGCCUAUUGCUUUUGUGCACAGGGUGGUGAGAGGUGUAGAUGCUGGAUGUGAGGUUAUGUGUGUGGAUAGUUGGAGAGCUGAGAUCAAGUUUCUAGAGAGGAAAUGAGUCUUUCCAGUCUGUCAGUUCUAAGAAAUACAGCAUGAUUUUGGGUAAUGAUCAGAUGUGUGUAUGGUAGUGCUUCUCAAAUGCUGUGAUCCUGACUGCCCAGCCAGCACCUGGAAUCUGGCUGCUUUGGGAUGUGAGCUGAGCUGGAUACUCGUGUAGGACAGCAGCAGUGGAGCGUGCUGGACUUAGUGAAUCAUAAAAAUCACAGAAUAAUAGAAUAUGCUGAGUUGGAAGGGACACAUCAGGAUUGAGCCCAACUUCUGUCUCUGUACAGGACACCCCAACAUUCCCACCAUGAGCUGAGGGAGUUGCCCAAACUUCUUGAACUCUGUCAGGCUUGGUGCUGUGACCGCUUCCCUGGGGAGCCUGUUCAGUGCCCAUCCACGCUCUGGGUAGAAAACCUUUUCCUGAUAUCCAACCUAAACCUCUCCUGAGUCAGCUUCAUGUUAUUGACUUGAGGCAGUCCUGGCUUGCAGGACUGAGGUUUGCAAUGAUUUGCUGAGUCCUCUGUGAGUACAAUGCCACAGAUAAAAGUAGAGAUCCAGCCUGUGCCUUCUUCUGUUUCAGUCCACAUACAGGUCAAAGUCCAGCCCUCGGAAUGAGGAGGUUUUCAGGACUUCCACAAAAACAUGAGCCUUUUUUUGUUCCAGACUGAUUAGUUACCCCUUGUGCCUGUUAUGGGUGAAAGACACAAGGCUUACCCAGAUGUAUUUUUGCAAGUGAAAAAAAUAUGUAAGAAUCUGGAAUUUCCAUAUGAGUGGAAAGUCACUGUGUGGGCUUGGAGAAUACAAAUGCUUUCUUCCUCUUCAGAUAUCUAAUGUGGAUUCUGCUGGUAAAAACAGGAAGGAAAUAAACAGAAAAAAAAAAGUAAACAGAAGGACAUAAAAGAAGCAGAUAAAUGUGCUGUGCCAUGUGUUUUAGGGACACCCUCCCUGAGGAGGGAGGUGGGACCAGAUGACCCACUGUGGUUCCUUCCAACCUGACCCUUCUGUGGUUCUGUGAUUCCUUGAAAUGCUCCUGAGUUGUUUGCAGGGGGGUGCGUGUAGAGCACAGUAACAUCUGGUGCUCUGUAAGCACAUCAGACUGAUGUGGCUUAUCCUGGAAACCAGAUUAAUGCAAUAAACAGGACAAUGCUGAGGCAGAAAUUAGGAGCAGCUGCCCCAAGUGAGGCUGCGUGGAAUAAACUGUUAUGAGAAGGCUUUAAGGGACAGCAGUGGAAACUAGAAAGGGUCUCUGAGAUGUCUUGCUCCUGGUAGUGUGCAGGAAGAAAAGAAAUGGAGAAUGUUGUAUUAGAAUGACACACCUGCUACAUGUAAACUGUGAUUUGAAAGUAUAGUAUAUUCUGAAAGCAAGUUACUUUGCCAAAAAAAUAAUGUUGACAGUGCUUUGUGCUCCUGGUUUAGAAGAAAGUCACUUCAGCAGCUUUUGUAUAGUGGUUAAAAAGAUGCUAAAAUGUGAAGAUUAAUAUAAUGAGAUGGAUUGUAAUUCUAAACAAUCAGUGCUGUUAAUUUUUUUUUGUUUGUUUUUAGUGUUGUUUUAUGUGUAUUUAUUUACUGUUUUGAGUGUCUUUGUCCUCAGUUCUUGGGCAGCCUGCCUGUUUUGUGUACAGACAAAAACACUGGCUGCUGACUUUGGGCUUUUGCAUCCUUGCGGGAGAGGAUACUGAAACAGGGUCCCCCUGAAGCAAACACUAACUUGCACUGUGGCUUUUGAAGCUGAGAAAUUGUAAAUUCCUUAUCAAUCAAAUGAAGAAAGACUGUUUUAUUACAGCUUGAUGCUUUUCCUUAGCCCUUAUUGCAAGUAGGUUACACAGCCCUCCCAGUGAAGGUAAAGAGGAAUCUGCCUCGGGAACAUCCGCAGCUUCUUGAAGGUCGAGUUCUCCGCCUUUUCCCACCAGCAGUGACUUGGUCCUGCACCAGCCAAGGAUGUUUGCCGAGACAAACUGGUUUUAUCUUUACUGGGAUGGAUGUUAAACUUCUCUACACCUCCCCCUCACUUCAUUGCUGCUUUUUGUCCCUCCCCAGUCCUGGUGUAGCUCGAGGAAAGGCAGGAAGGUGUCUGCAGCCUCUGAAGGGAACUGCAGGAAUCAGGGGUUGACAGGAGCUGUUCCUGUGGCAGAAGCUUUCCCUGGCCUGAGCAGAGGUGUCAGGAACCUGCUGUGUUCAAGUCCUUUGGAUGCAGCCCUCAGGCUGCUUCCACUGAUCCCACCCAGAGCAGGGCCCAGCCCAAAAGGUGAUUCUCGUACUCAGCUGUAUUGCAGGGUAGAGUUAAAGGGUGUGAUGGAACACCUGCCUGCCCUCUGGCUUCCUGAGAUCCCUAGAAAACCCCUUCCCCAGCUGACUGUGUUUAGCAAUGGAAAUUCUUCAGUAUUAGUAGCAGCUGUGUAUUGGGGUAGAGCCCCUUGAGAUAAGAGGUUCACCUUUUUUAGUGAUGAGCUCUUAUGGUCAAGGGGUUAAAUCAUCCUGGGCUGACACUUGCAAGAUUUUAACACUGAUGGGGAUUUAAAGGGGCUUAGCAGCAAUGAAAUAAAAUCCCUCAAUAGUGUCUGAUGCUUAAACAGAAUUUAAAAUAUGCAUGACUUUCAUUUUUUAUGUGGAGGUUGUAACAAGCUUCACCAGAGGUUAAAGUAUAAAGUACAUCCUCGGUACUUUAGUAUGUAUGUAGAGACUGUGCCAAAUGGCUCUAGGAGGGUCUUUAUGGUCUUUAAAGCACAUUAAUAAAAAAAAAAAUUAUGAGGAGAAAUCUGCCUUGUAUCUACAAGAUCAGUGUGGCUUUGAAGAGCAUGACUUGUGUUGUCUCAUACAGGGAAGUGGGAAAGCAGGAUUUUAUUUAUCCCUCUUCAGUAGAACAUUCCUUUGCCAUAUCUGAAACUAAUGAAUGUAAACUUGUGCCUAUUUUUUUUUCUUGAUUUCCUAAAGGUGUAAAAAUCUGUUCUUGUUUUGCUUUUAUCUUUUUCUUUGCAGCUAAUUUUUUAAAAAUAUCUUUAAUCUUAGGAUGUGGGCAUUACAAGUAAAAUAAAACUUUCCUUCAUGA